AUGUACAAACGAAAGACGUUGUACAGCGACGUUGUUAUCAUCGGAGCAGGCUUGUCGGGAAUCGACAUGGCAUGCCAGCUCCAACGGCAACUACAUGUUAAUGACUAUGUGAUUUACGACCGCGCUCGAGAAUUGGGUGGAGCUGUUGAUAUACCUGGCGCUUUAUAUUCGCUGUCAUGGUUCCCGAAUCCAGACUUCACCAGCCUAUUUCCUUCCCAGCCGGAAAUCUUAUCCUAUAUCCAACGUGUCGCUCGCGCUUACCAUGUCACUGAACAUGUGAGACCUCGGACCGAAUGGAAAGGUGCCCAGUGGGUAGAAGCUUCAAGUCGAUGGCAUGUCUAUCUCCGCGAUUUGAAGACAGGUGAAGAAUUCAUCCACGAAGCCAAAGUGCUGAUCUCUGCUGUCGGGGGCUAUACAAAUCCCAAGUUCCCCGUUCUCCCUGGCUUGGAGCGGUUCGAGGGCCCCGUCGUGCAUACUGCCCAAUGGGACAAGGAGUACGACCUCCGAGGCCUCAACGUGGCCGUGAGCCCACAACAUUACGUGCCGAUGCCCAUGGGCAAUUACCGAUUUGGAAAGGCAUUGCGCUUUUGUUUCUCCUACAUUCCACUUACCUUGCUCCUUAUCCGAUGGGGGAUCUUUUGGAUCCUUGACACAACACUUAGGCAAUUUUACAACAACCCCAAAGGGAACAAAUUGAGGGAGAAGAGAGCAUCUGAUAGUCAGAGCUAUCUUACGGAGAACGCUCCUGAGAAAUACUGGCCAUUGCUCACCCCAAGCUAUGAACUUGGAUGCAGACGAAGGAUACUGGAUAACAACUACAUCCGGACGCUUCGCAACCCUAGAAUGAAGCUGGAGUAUCCGGUUGAUUUUAUCAUUUUGGCGACGGGAUUCAAGUUCACGCAAUGGAAGGCCGAAUCUGUGAUAGGCAGGCAGGGCAAAUCGUUGAAACAGCACUGGGACGAUCAAGGUGGUAUCGGUGCUUACAAGUCCGUGGCAAUGAACAACUUCCCCAAUAUGUUCUAUUUACUUGGCCCAAAUUCUGGCAGUGGACACACAUCUGUUCUUUUUGCGAUCGAGUGCUCGGUCAAUCUGAUUAUUAGGAUUGCACGUCCUAUACUUCAGCGACAGGCAUCAGUUGUCGAGGUGAGCAAAGGGGCUGAGGUCGAGUGGUCUGACACGAUGCAGACUGCUCUCAGCAAAACGGUGUUGGCGCGUACCUGUUCCAAUCAAUAUACCGACCCAGAAACUGGAUGGAACUUCUUUUCAUACCCUUUCAGUUCAUUGUGUUUCUGGGUUGGCACGAGGUUUCCUACAAUGAAGCACUGGGAGUAUCGAUAG